GUGGAUUCUCCACUGCCAGGGCGGUGCGGAGCUGAGCUGAGAGCUACACACACCCCACCGCCGUCCCCGUCAACACUUGCCCGUGUCAUUCUCAAUCUUUGUGCCCUCUCGUUGAUCUUGUCGUCGCCAUCACUUGCGCUGCUCAGAGCUGACAGCCGCUCGACACCAUGAGCUCCAUCGUCGCCCCGUGCACAAACUACACGUGCAACCAUGUCGUCGGGUCGCCAAACCUCGCGUCCGGCGAGAUCGAGUACACGGCCUACGGAUACUGGCUGAACAAUGCCAGCGUUUAUGCCUUUCUUGCGCUGUUCUGCCUGUCGUGGGUCAUACACGUGCUCCAGACGACAUACUACCGCAAGAUAUGGACCUUCUUCACGCUCGGCAUGGGGUGUGGGCUUGAGGCUGUCGGCUGGGGUGGCCGCCUGUGGUCCAUUAAGACGACCUACUGGCAGCCUGCGGUCGGAGGGUUCUGGGAUGAGACGGGGUCCGGCUUCAUCAUGCAGAUCGUGUGCCUCAUCAUCGCACCGACUUUCUUCUCGGCAGCAAACUACAUCUUCCUCGGCAACUUGGUGCGCGAAACAGGCGGUCGGUACACUUCCAUCACGUCGAGCUCCAUCUCGUGGAUCUUCACCUUUGCCGACUUUAUCUGCCUCGUAAUCCAGGGCAUUGGCGGAGGCAUCACCGGCACGUCGGACGACUGGGAGACGUUCAACCACGGCAUCAAGAUCAUGGCCAUUGGCGUCGUUGUGCAGCUCGCUGUCACGGCCAUCUUUAUCGUCCUGUUCGCCGAGUUCGCGUGGCGGUACAAGAACAACAGGCCAGCAACGCGCCAGCGCGACCUCCUCUUCUGGGCCAAGUGGCUGCGCUGCUGGGGCCGCCGCCGCGAGCCCGCGGCCGUUACCAACUGGGAGGAGGAGAAGGAGGAUGAAGCGCAGCGUGCCGAGCCUAGCCGCCGCCUCAUGUGGAUCUCGCAGGCCGUGCUGGCGUUUGCCACGAUCCUCAUCAUCAUCCGGUCCGUGUACCGUGCCAUCGAGCUCCUCAGCCUCAACCAUGAGAACAAGUCAAGCUCCAUUUACUAUGACCAGCCCGCGUUCAUCGCGCUCGACGCGGCUAUGAUGUGUAUCCUCGUGUUCACUUACAAUGUUGUUCACCCUGGCCUUGUCAACGGGCGGCCCCUGUUCUGAGGCCGGGCGUUUGAGCCACGUAGACUUCUCUCGACUCGGACAUAGACUGCUGUAGACUCAAGACUGGGACGGACGUUCUGUAGACUCAAAACUCGGCGUAGGCCUCUGUAGACGCAAGACCACGCUGGUAAAUCUAGACCUAUCGAUGUCAGUUCGGCGGCUCUUAGGCUCGUACAGCCUGCCCAGUCGCCUCAAGAAGCAGGCGAGAUUGCUCAUAUGUACAUCUACAUCCCCUCCAUUA